AUGCCCUCCGCUCCUCUCGGAAAACGUGGCGCCUGGCUCAAGCAGUGCAUGUAUUGCCACAUCUCUGAAGGGGACGGCCAGAAGCUUAUGUCCUGUGCCGCCUGUCGUGUGGCACACUACUGCAACAGGGAGUGCCAGAAGAAUGACUGGAAGAACCAUAAAGCUGCAUGCACACUGAAUCAAAAUGGCGAUCGCGUUGUCAGGAAAGCCACAGAGGAAAGUGUGAUGGUUAACGGAUUGACAUUCAAAGAGGUGGACCAUCGGUUCAAGAAAUGGCAGCAGGUGGCACAACCAGUGCUUUCCACACUCCUUCUCGACGCCCUGGAUCUGCACGCGGACAAGGACCGGUGCUUCACGCACAUGCUCUGGGUCACUGCCGUCGAGAAUAUGUCGUCCAAAACCCCAAAAGCUGCAACCUCAUCAGACAUCGUCAAGUACUUCCGCGUCGAAGAUGCCGAAGUCAAACUCAUUGCCGCACUCGUGCCCACCCUGACGGAUGCUGGGAUGCGGUCGGCGAUAACGAGCAGCGUGGAGCAAUCCCGUUUAAUGCGGAGGACCGGGGCGGUGUUCGGGAUCCUCAUUAUGGUGGUUUAUUUGGAGUCGUUGAAUUUGCAGCAGCUCAUGACGAUUACUCUCGACAAAUUCGAUCCUAAGCUGAUGGAGAGGAGGGAGAACUGGAAGCAUCUUUUGAAGCUCUUGAUAGACAAGGGUGCUGUGUUUUAA